GGCGGGACCUAGGGCGCACGUUACGACCUCACGUGCGAGCGUUAAAACCGAGUCUCCGGAAUAGAAAGGUGGAUGUUUCCUGAGCGUGUUGGCUGUGAGCGGGUCCCCUGUGGGUUGUAGAAUUCCGACCUCAUGGCGGAGAUAAUUCAGGAACGCAUAGAGGAUCGACUCCCCGAAUUGGAGCAGCUGGAGCGCAUUGGACUGUUCAGUCGUGCGGAGAUUAAGGCUAUCAUUAAGAAGGCUUCAGAUCUAGAAUAUAAAAUACAGCGAAGAACUCUUUUUAAGGAAGACUUUAUCAAUUAUGUCCAAUAUGAAAUUAAUCUCUUGGAGCUGAUCCAGAGAAGAAGAGCUCGCAUUGGGUAUUCAUUUAAGAAGGAUGAGAUUGAGAAUUCUAUCGUACACCGGGUACAAGGUGUCUUCCGGCGUGCGUCAGCCAAGUGGAAGGAUGAUGUUCAACUCUGGCUGUCAUACGUAGUCUUCUGUAAGAAGUGGGCUACCAAAGCUCAACUUAGCAAGGUAUUCUCUGCCAUGUUGGCCAUUCAUUCAAACAAGCCAGCUCUGUGGAUUAUGGCGGCCAAAUGGGAAAUGGAAGAUCGCCUGUCUUCAGAAAGUGCAAGACAGCUGUUUCUUCGAGCUCUGCGCUUUCAUCCGGAGUGCCCAAAACUUUAUCAAGAAUACUUUAGGAUGGAACUGAUGCAUGCUGAGAAAUUGAGGAAAGAAAAGCAAGAAUUUGAAAAAGCCAAGAUGGAUGUGGAGAAUCUUGAAUAUUCCGAAGAAAUCCUUAAGGGCGAGUUGGCACGGAUCAUCUACAAAAAUUCUGUAAGCAUAAUUAAAGGUGCAGAAUUUCAUGUGUCCCUCCUUUCAAUUGCACAGCUAUUUGAUUUUGCCAAAGAUCUGCAAAGAGAAAUUUAUGAUGACCUGCAGGCUUUACACACAGACGACCCCCUCACUUGGGAUUAUGUGGCGAGGCGAGAAUUAGAGAUGGAGUCGCAACCAGGAGAUGAGCCACCUACAACGAAACAAGCCAGAGUGGCGGAGGCCACCCGCCGGGAGGAGCGGUGCUGCGCUGUAUAUGAGGAGGCGGUGAAGACUCUGCCCACAGAGGCCAUGUGGAAGUGUUACCUCAACUUUUGCAUGGAAAGGUUUACUAAGAAGACCAACAGCCAGCUCCUCAGAGAGAAGAGGCUGGAAAGAACCAUGGUUGCAUUCAGGAAGGCACAUGAACUCAGACUUCUACCUGAGGUCCAGUACAAGCAGUGGAGCGAGUUGUUGCUGCACCACAACCUCUUUAAGGAAGCCCUGGAGGUGGCAGGAGCUGGGACUGAGUUGUUCCAAGACUCGGUGAUGAUGUGGCAGGUGAAGCUGCAGGUGCUGAUUGCCUCAAAGAGCCCUGAUGUAGCCAUGGUUUUUGAAGAAGCCUUUGUGCGCCUGAAACCCCAGAUUUGUUUGCCGUUGUGGAUUUCUUGGGCAGAGUGGAGUGAAGGUGCCAAAAGCCAAGAAGACACUGAAGCCAUCUUUAAGAAAGCUGUCUUAGCUGUUAUGGGUGCUGACUCCGUCACUCUGAAGGAUAAGUACCUGGAUUGGGCUUAUCGAAGCAGUGGCUACAAAAAGGCCAGAGCUGUCUUUAAAAGUUUACAGGAAAGCCGACCAUUUUCAGUUGAUUUUUUCAGGAAGAUGAUCCAGUUUGAAAAGGAGCAAGAAUCCUGCAAGAUGGCCAACUUAAGAGAAUAUUAUGAGAGGGCUUUGAGAGAAUUUGGAUCUGUAGAUUCUGAUCUUUGGAUGGAUUACAUCAAAGAAGAAUUGGACCACCCCCUUGGUAGACCUGAGAAUUGCGGACAGAUCUAUUGGCGAGCCAUGAAAAUGUUGCAGGGGGAGGCAGCAGAGCUGUUUGUAGCUAAACAUGCUAUGCAUCAGGCCGGCCACUUGUGAAAAGAGGAAGAACACAGCCAACUUUGUGAAAUAGUAUUAUGAGCCCUCUGGGAAUAUUCGCGUUAUGUUUCCAUUUGUGGCUUGCUGGGGUGGCAGAUAAGACACUUGACUGAUUUUGAGACAUGCUUUAGUUUUGUUGAUUCUUUAAUUCUAGAAAAGAGAACUGUUCUUUUGAGGCCAGACCUACCAUAGGUCCAAAAUGUUUUCCAGAAUAUAUGGAAAUCGUAUAACUGAUAUGCUUUUAUUACCUCUGGUCAAACAUGGGUACCUCUAAUCUAGACCCAUGGGAUCGUUUAAAAUGGAGAUGAAAGUACAGUUCUCUUUGUUUGUCCUCUCCUUAUCGUAAAGGUAUGCAUGGUAUGCAUUUGUUAUUGAAAAUAUGGAGGGAAUAGAAUCAUGUGGAGAAGAAAAUAAUAGCAUCCUUUAAUUUCAUCUUCUGGACUUAAACUCAGGAAUUUGAUUUCUUUAAUUAGAAUUGUAUUUAUACUAAAUGAUUCAUUCAUUCAUUGAAUGCCCCUCAUAGGCAGGAAAGAAGGGGAGCUUUGAGGGCGGGAAGUAGGGGUUGGAGGAACAGAGCUGGAUGUCCUGAGUUGGUUGAAGCAGCAGAGAAGGAUGCUGGGUAUUGGGGGGAAAGAUGUCCUUUAAGUAUAGUAAGAGAUUGGGGAUUCCCAUUGUGGCUCAGCGGGUUAAGAACUCAACUAGUAUCCAUGAGGAUGCAGGUUUGAUCCCUUGCCUUGCUCAGGGGAUUAAGGAUCUGGCAUUGCUGCAAGCUGCCGAAGAUGCAACUCGGAUCUGGUGUUGCUGUGGUAUAGGCUGGCAGCUGCAGCUCUGAAAUCCCUUGCCUGGGAAUGUCUAUAUGCUGAAGGUGUGGCAGUUAAACAAGAAAAACGAACAUUAAGAGAUUAUUAAAAAAGUAUAUUCUGUCUCUGGGACUGAUAUGAAGAGGUGUUUACAUUGGGGAGGCCUGGCAACAAAAAAAAGUCAGGGGUAAGGAGUAGAUUAGAAAGAGAAGGGUUUUCAGAGGCGAGGAUAGAGGAUGGCUUGGAGCAGACAAGAGCAUUCUGGGCGCGGAGGAGGCAGUUUGACUUGUAUCUCCUUUAACAUUAUGAUGUCAUUGGGCGAAGCAUUACUUAAUGUUGUGUUUCACUUAAUAUGUUUUUUUCCCUCAUAUCAUUAAAUAACCUUAAAAAUUUUUAGUGAAUUUAUAACAUUCCAUUGUAUAGAUGAGCCAUGACUUAUUUUACUGAUCUCUUAUGGUUGGAUCUUGUCAUUUCUAAUUUUUCUUAGAAAUGCUAUUGGUGAAGAUUCUUAUCAAUCUUUGUUCAUAUCCCUGGUUAUUGCCUUAGAAGACUAACAUCUGAAAGUAGAAUUACUGUAUUAAAGGAUUUAACUAUUUUAAAGAA